AUGGUCCCCGAGCUCCCAGUGGAUCGGAAGACAAGAAACAGCCAUCCAAAGGUACGCACCGGCUGUCUGACAUGCAAAAUCCGCCACAAGAAAUGCGACGAGAAUUACCCAUUCUGUCGUAUGUGUACGAGAAGCAAGAGAACAUGCGAAUACAAAGAAACACCCGAUAAACGAACCCGAGCCCUCCGCAAAGAAAGCCAAGUCCUACCCUAUCUGCUCUCUGCCUCAGCCUCUCAAUAUGGACCAAUCGCUCGUCGGCUAGUCGACACAAGCCAGAUUGACCUCACGCCUAGCGAGCGGUGGUACCUCGAUUCAUUCCGGCGGUAUACAUCGCACGAGUGUGCGGGGUAUGUCAAAGAUGAUUUCUGGCAAAGGCUUGUGCAUCAGGUCAGCGAGGAGGAGCCGGCAGUGCGGCAUGCGGCUAUCGCCAUUAGUGCCAUGCAUUGGCGAUAUGCGCGAGGACUAACCGGGGCUGAGGCCGGCGAUUCUUCGGUUGCACUCUCGACUUUUCCAUCUACUCUAACCGCUGAAAACGACGUAUACUUCCCUCUACGGCAGUGCAAUAAAGCCAUUGCAUCCCUGCGCCAGAGUUUGCGGAUACAUGCUACCAGCAGCGCGCAGACGGAGGCCGUGCUUGUAACGUGCGUGGUAUUGGUAUCGCUCGCUCUUUUUCAAGAGGAUACUAAGACCGCGACGUCGCACAUGCGGUCCGGGUAUCAGCUGCUGGUGGGGUGGCAGAAGAGCGGGUUCGAUAAAAGUCCCUCGGGUCCCAUUCUGAUGCGGACAUUCGCGGACUUGCAUCUACAUCAGUGUACAUUUCGAGAUCCGGAGUCGUCUAUUCAAGCGGCGCAGAUGUCGCUUUCGCGGCUGAUCACGACUAGCCCGCAGGUAUAUGGGUCUGUGGAUGCAUUAGAGCGAGGGAGUGAUUUGCUGGUUACUCUGGGAUGGAUUAUUUCAGCGAAUUAUCCUCGGGGACUUGAUAAGAGUAUGGAUCUGAGAUUCGGGAUCAAUGCAGCUUGUCCACUUAACAAGAAAGAUGGCACCCAGGAUACUGCUCUAGAAAGAGUUCAAGCGUGGAAGAGCCACCUGGAGGCGUUUGUCACACGCUACGGAGGAAUUCUGUCGCCCCAGCACCGCCAUCCCUUGAGGUUGAUCGAGAUAUGGACCGAAAUUACGUAUGUCCUGGCCGUGGUGGCCAACAGACCUGAGCAACAGGAGAUGGCAUAUGACUCCCUUCUCCCGCAUUUCCAUCGGGUCAAUGAACUGGGAAAGAUUUACUUCGAGUCAAGUGAGCUGAUGCCGCGAUUUGCCGCCAAAAUCACGGUUAUGCCGGCUAUAUUCUUCGUUGCUCAGAAGUGUCGCGACUGGCGUACGCGCCGGGAAGCGUUGCACUUAAUUCGCAGCUGUCGGCGGCGAGAAGGCGUCUGGACGUCUUCGGGUAAUUUUGCUAUUUUGGAUCAAUUGAUAAGGGAGGAGUCUGGAGGGUUGACACCGGACGAUGUGAUUCCUGAGCUUGCUCGUGUUGAUACCAUUCAUAUUGAACACUUACCCGAGCAGGGCAAGCUUCGUUUGUGGUAUCAUCGACUUCGGAGUUAUGAAAGCACAGGCGGCACUGGUCAUGGCAUAUGGAAGACUGCUUUGCUGCCGGGUUAG